UGCCACUUGACAUGUUUUCAAUAAAAGCUGAGAAGAAGAAGCAAAGAGAAAGGAUGUACAUUUGUGGCGUAUCUACUUUUCCAAGCUUCAAAAGACGUUUGCUUAAAGAAAUUAGAAUAAAUUGGUUAUGUUGCAUGCGGAGAUUGAAAAAGUGAAAAAGAGAAGGGAAGAAAGGGCGAUUGAGAAAGCGCAACAUGAGGAAGAAAUGGCAUUAUUAGCCAGAGAACGUGCUCGGGCUGAGUUCCAAGACUGGGAGAAAAAAGAAGAAGAGUUUCAUUUUGAUCAAAGCAAAGUUAGGUCAGAGAUUCGGUUGCGGGAAGGGCGUACAAAGCCGAUUGAUAUUCUUUCCAAGCAGCUCAAUCCUUUGGAUGAUUUUGAUAUAGAAAUAAAUGAACCAUACAUGGUCUUGAAGGUAUAAUUCCCUUACAUAUUUUA